AUGAAGCUCCUGCCUUCUGUUCUUCUGCUGACAGCAGUUGCCGUGUACGACACGUGCGCGCGUGGCCUGCAACAUGUCGGCAAGCUCCAGUCUAACUACAUCGAUGUCCACCAGCGUGCUGCUGAUCGAGCUUCGCGCAUGUAUGCCAAGACACAGACAAACUCGGCUGUGACGGGCUCUAGGAUCCACUUGAACGAAAAGACGAAACGGUUUGCUGUCAACGGCACUGGUGUUCCUGAAAUAGACUUUGACAUUGGCGAGUCGUACGCCGGAUUGAUGCCGAUCAGCAAAGAUGUCAAUGAAACUCGAAAGCUGUACUUCUGGUACUUUCCAAGCAAGAACCCGCUGGCAAGCAACGAGAUUACCAUCUGGAUGAACGGCGGACCCGGUUGCAGCUCGCUCGAGGGCCUUUCGCAGGAGAACGGACCGUGGCUGUGGCAAUACGGAACGUACAAGCCACUACCGAACCCUUGGACGUGGCAGAACUUGACCAACAUGGUCUGGGUAGAGCAGCCCGUUGGAACAGGCUUCUCGCAGGGCAAACCCAACAUUACCACCCAGGCACAGCUUGCCGAGGAGUUCAAGGGCUUCUUCCGCAACUUUGUCGACACGUUCGAUCUGCAGAAUCGAUCGGUGUACAUCACUGGUGAAUCGUAUGCUGGUCAAUACGUGCCAAACAUCGCGAGUAGCAUGCUCGAUGAGAAGAACAGCGAGUAUUUCAACGUCACCGGAAUCAUGAUCUAUGACCCCUCGAUCAAUGUCGAUGCUGUCACCGAGCAGGUGCCGACGGCUGCGUUUGUCGACUACUGGGGUGGCCUUUUCCCGUUCAACGAAACCAUCAAGGCGCAGAUCAAGGACAUGGACGAAAAGUGUGGCUACACCAAGUACCUCAACAAGCACUUGACCUUCCCUCCAAAGGGCAAGUUCCCCGAUCCUCCCUCUACCACCGACGAGUGCGAUAUCUUCGACUUUGUCUACAAUGCCAUCUUCGAUAUCAAUCCCUGCUUCGACAUUUACCAAGUGGCUACCACCUGCCCCGUCCUGUGGGACAUUAAUGGCGGUCCUGGUUCAGGCGACUACCUUCCGCCGGGCGCUUCGCUCUACUUCAACCGCACCGACGUCAAGAAGGCGAUCAACGCUCCUCUUGAGACGUCCUGGCUCGAGUGUUCGGCGGGAAAUGUGUUCAACACUAAAUCUGGACUGGACCGCGGAGCUGAAAAGGGACACUAUAGCUCCACCACAGUGCUUCCAGGGGUGAUUGACCGCGUAGAGCGUACAGUGAUCGGUCACGGCAUGUUGGACAUGGUACUGCUCAUGAAUGGCACGCUUCUCAGUAUCCAGAAUAUGACCUGGGGAGGCCAGCAGGGUUUCCAAAAGCCCAUUACUGACGACUUCUACGUUCCCUUCCACAACGACGUACAAGAGGGCACUGUGGCCGCAUCGGGCAUCAUGGGCAAGACUCGCACCGAACGUAAGCUCACCUUUGUCACCAUCAAUCUGAGUGGCCACAUGGUGCCUCAAUACCAACCGUCGGCCGCGUUCCGCCAUCUCGAAUUCCUCCUCGGCCGCAUCGACAGCUUGUCCAGCCGAGCUCCGUUCACCUUCUUUGACAACGGUUUGGUCGCUCAAGAGGGCAACCUCAACGUACGCUCGCUGGCAGAAGAGAGCGCAGUUGAGUUGCAGGCUAGACAGCUCCAGUACAGAGGCCUGGCUCAGCCAGAGGUCAGUCAGAUCCUCGCCGACUUUCUCUAG